UCGAUUAGAGGAGUAUGUGUAUUUUCUUGUCUUAAUUUUGAUGAAAUAUUAUACGUAAUACGUUUGGAAUUUUGUAGUAGUUACCAUACAUUGAAUGUUAUGUGAAAAUGAACUUAAUAGUGUAAUUUUAAAUUGAAUUUUAUGAUAGGUGCGGUAAUUGUGUUGUAGUGAAAAUGAAUGGUAAAAUGCAUAGUGAAACCGGCGCUUUCUCAUCUGAUGGCAUGCGCGCCGAAAUAUUGAACCCUUUCGUUCAUAAAUUGGAACUAGAUAACACAUACGACAAAAUAAAGACGGCGAUAUUCACCGUGAUCUUGCUGCCGUUCAGGGUAAUUGUGAUUUUAUACCUGAUCGUAACGGCCUGGUUCCUCGCAUGCAUCGGACUGUAUGGCCUCAGCGAGGAAGACCUGAGGAAGAAACCCAUGACAGGAUGGAGAAGCAAGCUGCGCUUCUAUAUCCUGUCUCUGAUGCGGCUGGUGGUGGUCGCGGCGGGCUUCCACCGGGUGCGCGUGGUGGGUCGCGACCGGGCGGCGGACAGCCCUCGAGAUGCACCAGUCAUCGUCAUCGCCCCCCAUUCUUCCUUCUUCGACGCCAUUGCGAUCGUCUGUCUGGGCGCGCCGAGCGUCGUCGCCAAAGCUGAUACUGCAAGACUGCCCUUUAUCGGACAAUUGAUUAACUACACGCAACCUGUGUACGUUUGGCGAGAUGACCCAAACUCCAGACAAAACACAAUCAAGGAGAUCAUCGAGAGAGCCACAUCUAAGGAGGAUUGGCCACAGGUGCUGAUAUUCCCGGAAGGCACUUGCACGAACCGGUCCUGCCUGAUCACAUUCAAGCCGGGCGGCUUUUACCCCGGUGUACCCGUGCAGCCUGUCACUAUCCGCUACCCCAAUGCCCGGGACACCGUCACUUGGACCUGGGAAGGUCCCGGAGCAUUGAAAUUGCUAUGGCUGACAUUGACUCAAGUGCAUAGCUCUUGUGAAAUAGAGUUCCUACCUGUCUACUAUCCCAAUGAGGCGGAGAAGAAAGACCCCAAGUUAUACGCUAGGAACGUUCGAGAUGUUAUGGCGAGAGCUUUAGGUGUGCCAGUACUGGAUUACACUUACGAUGACUGUCGGCUGAUCGCACGCGCGAAGCAGCUGCAUAUACCAGGUGGGGCUGCUGCUAGGGAAGUUGCCGAGGCUAGGCAGCAGUUGGGGUUGGACCGCAGCGGGCUGGAUGCUGGGUGGUGCGGUGCGGGGGCGCGCUGGGUGACGCGCGAGCAGUUUGGGGAGCGGCUCGGCGUGCCCGACCACCCCGCCUUGCAUAAGCUCUUUGAUAUAUUUGUACAGAGGUCAAGCGGGCUGGUGUACUUCCCAGACUACUUGUUGUGCACGUGUUUCCUCGUCACACAGCACGCGCCUCUCACAGAACUUAUCUCCUACGCCUUUAAGUUAUACGACAGUUCGGGCAGCGGUCGCGUGCAGAUGACAGACUUCGAGGAAAUAGCCACUAAAUGUGUUGGUCUCAGUGUUGAAGACGCACACAAUGUCUUCCAGCAAGCUGAUGCCGAGGAGAAGGGAUAUCUGACGUAUGACGAGUUCAUAUCUUUCGCUCAGAAGCGAUCAGAUUUCGCUUUCAUCUUCGUGAGUGACACUUCGCACAAGCCAAAGUCGCAGUGAGCCGCGACCCACAUACCUACCGUCUGCAGCCAACUGCCCUGAACUUUAUAUAAAGUGUGCAAGCAUGGCACAAGUGUGCUGUAAGUGUGCAAGUAUGGCACAAGUGUACCGUAAAAUUGCAAAUAUGGUACAAGUGUACCGUAAAAUUGCAAAUAUGGCACAAGUGUACCGUAAAAGUGCAAAUAUGGUUCAAGUGUACCGUAAAAGUGCAUGCUACAAGUGUCGUAUGUGUAAAGAUGUGCGCCAACCGUGUCGUAAAUGUGCAACUAAUUGCACCAAAAUGGCCAAAUGUAUGACCAAUUUGGAAUAAAUGGAUAAAGUAAAGGAAUUGUAUUAAAAUGAU